ACACACACAUAUAUAUAUAUAUAUAUAUAAAGUGGGAAAAUGAACGGAAAUAACACUCAAAAUAUGGACGGAGUUGUGUCUGUUGGGGAGCAGGUGAACUUUUCUCCACAUUCACUAAACUUUAAGUAACAUGAGGAGCUAACCCGCAACCACCUCCUCGGACGUAUAUGCACACACACACACAUUUUCUUCCCUGGAUAUAUUGCACCGUAUUUUUUUUUACUUUGCUCUUGUAUUUAUUGAAAAUAAACGUUGUAACUUGUCAUGGAACUGAUGUGAGCUGUUGGUCAUUUAUGACUUCUCGAAUAUUGUUUUGGUUUUUAGGCCACAGCAUCCACUGACCAUAUCCACAUUUAUUGAUCGAAAUUGCCGAAAUGCAAUUUAACAACAAAUGGCUUACAAACUACAGAAUUUUCUCAAGAAAGCCAAGAGAAAAAGAUGUUUUACGUGACACAUUCUACCAGUAUACGAGGUUUAAAAGUGUUUGGUUUCAAAGAAAUUAUUUUAAAAAUCUGCCGGUCAAAGUGAAAGGAUCCAAACGAAGAAAUAAAAGACGAUCUGUAUACGACUUGGAGAAAACGCAUUCAGAAAUAAAUUUUGGGGUUGUAAGUUGAGAACAUAUCUGUCGACGUUUUUUUUUUCCACAACCGUAAACAGAACUUCGUGUGGUGCCCCAGCAUGGCCGCGGCCUUUGGGCUAAAACAUUUUUAAGGAUUUAUAUCGAAAACAAGAAAUAAACUGGAUAAUAACGUAUUCAUAUUUCUUAAAUAUUUCUCCAGAAUUAAUAUGGAGCACGAUAAUAAUUUGGACAAUUCUAAAAGAAAUGUUUUUACCGAUAUCGAUUCCGUGGCGUGGACGUACAAGGGCAAUGAGGAGAAGCCUUUGGGUUGUGAAACAUUUCCUAAACAAAAAUCAUUGCACAGAAAUACAGAGUAUGAUUUAUAUGUGAAGUCCUUUGCCAACAGCAGUAAUUUGACGAAACACAAACGAAUACAUGGCGGGGAAAAGCCUUUCCCUUGCGAAGUGUGUGGAGAGUCCUUCCUGAUGAAUUCUCAUCUUGCACGUCACGAAAGAGUCCGCAGUGGGGUAAAGCCAUAUCAGUGUGAGAUUUGUGGUAAAUCCUUCAUUCGAAAUUCCAUUCUUGUUAUUCACAGAAGAAUCCACACUGGAGGGAAACCGUGUUGUUGCGAAGUGUGCGGCAAGUAUUUUUUCUCCGACAGUAAUUUAACAAGGCACAAAAAAGUCCACACUGGGCAAAAACCGUUCUGUUGCGAAGUGUGUGGGAAAUCAAACGGGAGCAACAGCGAACUGAGAAGACAUAGAAAUCGUAUUCACGCAGGAGGAAAAAGGUUUCACUGUGAGACAUGUGGGAAAUCAUUCUUUGAUCAUUUCAAUCUUGUAGUUCAUAUUCGGAGCCACAUGGGGGAAAGAGCGUAUCACUGUGAGACAUGUGGGAAAUCAUUCUUUGAUCAUUUCAAUCUUGUAGUUCAUAUUCGGAGCCACAUGGGGGAAAGAGCGUAUCACUGCGAGACAUGUGGGAAAUCAUUCUUUGAUCAUUUCAAUCUUGUAGUUCAUAUUCGGAGCCACAUGGGGGAAAGAGCGUAUCACUGUGAGACAUGUGGGAAAUCAUUCUUUGAUCAUUUCAAUCUUGUAGUUCAUAUUCGGAGCCACAUGGGGGAAAGAGCGUAUCACUGCGAGACAUGUGGGAAAUCACUAACAGCCACUUGAAAAAUUCACAAACACACACACACACCGGGGGGAAGGCUUUUGACUGUGGGGAUGCUUUAUAAACCUUUAUCCUGCAGAUUUAAAUUGAUCCUGUCCUACAACAUAUACACUUUGGCGAGAAGCCAUUUGAUUGUGGGGGAAGCUUGAGAAAUCCUUUUUACAAAUCUAAAAUAACCUCAUCCAGUAACAUAGACACAGUGGCGGGAAGUCUUUUGACUGUGAAGAAACUUGAUAAAUCCUUCUCUUGAAAUCAAAUUUUAUUUAAUCUGGCGACAUAGACACACUGGAAAGAAGUCGUUUGACUGUGGAGUAAGCCUGAGAAAUUCUAUAUCAAAUGCAAAUAUAUAAAGAAUCAUACAGAAUGAAGGUUGCUGAAAUAAAAUACCAAUCAAAUACUGGCAUCAGUGUAAUCGAUCUGUCCACUUUCCUCGGAAUUGGUGGCCUUGAACCCUGCGGUUGACCGGCGUCCUGUUCAGGAUAAUGUUGUGAUCUUGGUCAUUUAUGUACCAUGGAAACCAGGCAGUUGGCUUUAUGAGUUUUUACAGCUCAAGGAAAAGAAGAUUGCUGAAUGUGCUUUUAUUCAUUGUAAUUGUCUUAUAUGUGGAGGCGCAAUGGCCCAGUGUUUAGGGCAGCGGACUCGCGGUUGGAGGAUCGCGGUUUCGAUUCCCAGAUCUGGCACUGUAUGUGUUUAUUGAGCGAAAACACCUA